AUGGCUACUUCAAUCUCCUUGGCCCAGGAAGUCAUCACGUGUGAUCUUUGUGACACGCCCACUCAACAAUUCUGUAACAACUGUCAAGUCAGUUUAUGUGUCAGUAAACAUGUGGACAAGCACCAGGCUCUCGCACAUGACAUUGUUCCUUUCAAAAACAGGAAGACAGAACAUAUUUUUCCAGAGUGUGAAUUUCACCCCGACCAUAGAUGCGAGGGCCACUGUCAACAGUGUGAUGUCACUGUCUGCAUGAAAUGUGUCAUCACUUCCCAUAAUGGACAUAUCGUGGGAGACAUACCAAAAAACUUUAAUGACAAGAAAAAAGAUAUCCAGAGGGAAAAUCAUGAAAUAGAAUCCAAUAUCAUUCCCAGAUACAUGAAGAAAAAUGAAAAUAUAGAAAAAGACAAAGAACUGGUAAUGAAAAAAUUUGAUGAGGUUGAAAAAGAAAUAGAGAGACACAGAAAAUCGUGGCAUCAAGAAGUAGACAGCAUCUUCAAUAAGCUUAGAUCUUUGCUCAAAUCUAUGAGAGACGACCACCUGACUGUAUUGAAGUCACAUCAAACCAAACUCAAAAAUCUGAUUCCAGACAUGAUGAAAACAGUUCAAGAAAACAAAGAAAUACUCAAGUCCAAUAAAGUUGCUAAAGUCACAAACUUCACAUCUAAACUUAUGGGAUACAGAAAUAUUGGUCUAGACAUUUAUUUGUCAGUUCCUGCACUGCAAACUAACACAGUUCAAGGGAGAGAACUCAGUAUAGAGUUAGGUGAAUAUAAGGCUACUCUGACGCAGACAUCACUCUCCAACCAGACAGAAGAAGUCUCCUAUAUAUCUACAAGAGAGUUAUUAGACAAAGCAAGAGUUAUUACUACUUUUCCUACCUCAGCUAAACCUCUAUACAGACUGGCCUGUUUAGGAUCAGAUAAAGCUUGGGUUAGUGGAGAAAACAAUACCGUGAACUGUCUUGACAUAAACGGGUCUGUACAGGAGACUGUUUCUUGUGAAACACACCCUGAAGAUAUCUUUGUGACCAAAAACGGGGAAUUAAUAUAUAGUGAUUAUGAAAAUAAAAAGGUGAACAUUGUAAAACACGGUAAAACAGAGGUAUUGAUCACGACACAAAAGGACUGGAAUCCAGCAGGACUGAGCAGCACUAGAUCAGGAGACAUACUGGUCAGUCUGUAUAAUGGAGACCAAAAUAAGAUUGUACGUUAUCAGGGACAGAAAGUGGGGCACGAACUAUUUAAAGAUGAAAAUGAAUAACUAAUCUAUGGAAGUGGUAAAUGGACCC